AUGGCGGCCGCGCGGCAAGCGGCGGGCGCCUCCGGCAGCCUCCGCCAGCACCCGGUGCAGCACGCGCACCUCGCGGCGCUCCUCAACCCGACCCCGCGCACGCCGCCCCUCCCGCCCCCGCUCCGCCGGCGCCACCUCCCGCUCUCGCCCCAGGCCGCCUCCCGCCUCGCGGCCUCCUUCCCGCCGCUGCCGCUCCUCCUCGCGCUGCUCUCCGCGCUCCGCCUCCUCCCGUCCCCGCCGCCGCCGCGGCCCUUCGACGCGCUCAUCAGGGCCUACGCCUCCCUCCCGUCCCCGUCCCUCGCCGCCGCGGCGCUCGCGUUCGCCAGGUCGGCGGGCUACGCCCCCUCCCUCCCCGCCUACAACGCCGUGCUCCUCGCGCUCUCCGAGGCCUCGCUCUCCUCCGCGCGGGGCUUCCUUGAGGGCUCCAUGCUCCGCGCCGGCGUGGCCCCCAACGUGUACACCUACAACAUCCUCGUCCGCGCGCUCUGCGCCCGCGGCCGCCGCGAGGAGGCGCUCGCCGCCGUCGUGGACGGCGACAUGCGCGCCGCGGGGUGCGCGCCCAACGCCGUCACCUACAACACGCUCGUCGCCGCGUUCUGUAGGGCCGGGGACGUGGGCGGCGCCGAGAGGCUCGUCGCCGCGAUGCGGGAGGCCGGGGUGAGGCCGAGCCUGGUGACGUUCAACACGGUGGUGAACGGGAUGUGCAAGGCGGGGAGGAUGGAGGACGCCCGCAAGGUGUUCGACGGAAUGGCAAGGGAGGGAUUGGCCCCCGAUGGGGUCAGUUAUAACACCUUGGUGAGUGGGUACUGCAAGGCAGGCUGCCUGCAUGAGGCACUGACGGUGUUCUCGGAGAUGUCUCAGAAAGGGGUCUCGCCGGAUGUUGCGAUGUGCAGGGCUGGGAACUUGGAGCGGGCAGUGGCCCUGGUGGGGCAGAUGAGGGAGAGGGGCCUCCGGAUGAAUGAGAUCGCCUUCACAGCACUGAUAGAUGGGUUCUGCAAGAACGGCUUCUUAGAUGACGCAUUGCUCGCACUGAAGGAGAUGAGGGAAUGCAGGAUCAAGCCUUCGGUAGUGUGCUACAAUGCACUCAUCAAUGGUUACUGCAAGUUAGGAAGAAUGGACGAAGCGAGGGAGUUGGUCGAUGAAAUAGAGGCUAAAGGAGUGAAGCCUGACGUCGUGACAUAUAGUACGAUUCUCAAUGGGUACUGUAAGAUUGGUGAUACAGAUUCUGCAUUUGAAUUGAACCGAAAAAUGCUGAAAAAAGGUGUGAUUCCAGAUGCAAUCACCUACUCAUCGCUCAUAAGGGGUCUUUGCGAGGAGAAAAGACUCAGUGAUGCAUGUGAACUCUUUGAGAAGAUGCUUCAACUUGGCCUACAUCCUGAUGAAUUUACUUAUACAAUACUGAUUGAUGGCCAUUGCAAGGAGGGGGAUGUUGAGAAAGCUCUUUCUCUGCACGAUGAGAUGAUAAAGAAACGAGUUCUCCCUGAUGUUGUGACAUACAGUGUGCUUAUAGAUGGGCUUAGCAAGUCAGCACGUACAAAGGAAGCACAACGGUUACUCUUCAAGCUGUACUACGAAGACCCUAUUCCAGACAAUAUUAAAUAUGAGGCCCUGAUGCGUUGUUGCAGGAAAGCUGAGUUUAAGAGUGUGGUGGCUCUUCUUAAGGGAUUCUCCAUGAAAGGCUUGAUGAAUGAAGCUGACAAAGUUUACCAGUCGAUGUUGGACAGAGAUUGGAAGCUUGACGGUUCGGUGUAUGGUGUACUUAUUCAUGGGCAUUGCCGGGGAGGAAAUAUUCUGAAGGCUCUCAACUUCCAUAAGAAAAUGCUGCAGUGUGGUUUUCCUCCUAAUUCAACAAGCACUAUUUCAUUGGUCAGGGGCCUAUUUGAAGAGGGGAUGACUGUUGAAGCAGAUACCGUGAUUCAGGAGUUGCUGAAUUGCUGUUCGCUAGCAGAUGCAGAAACAUCGAAGGCUCUUAUUGAUCUCAAUCGGAAGGAAGGUAACGUGGACGCUCUGGUUGAUGUCCUCCGUGGCAUGACAAGGGAUGGGCUACUUCCAAGCUCAGGGUGA